AUGUCAGUUGAAAAGAAAUUAGACGAUUUGUCUAUCCAAGAAAACCCAGCAGCACCAAUUGCUAAAGAAGCAGCACCAGCCACCACCGAAACUACCAAGAAACCAGCAGAAGGUGAAGAAGUCAUUUUGGGUGAAGAUGGUCAACCAUUAUCCAAGAAAGCCUUGAAGAAAUUAUUGAAGGAAAAGGAAAAGGCUGCCAAGAAAGCCGAAAGAGAAGCCCAAUUAGCUAAAGAAAAAGCUGCUAGAGAAGCUGAAGCUGCCAAUGAUCCAGCUAAAGAAAAUUAUGGUAAAUUACCACUUAUAAACUCCUCUUCAAGAAAUGCUGAUGAAAAACGUAUUCAAAUUAAAGAUUUAUCUACUGCCAAUGAUGGUGACAAUGUUAUUUUCAGAGCCAGAGUUCACAAAACCAGACAACAAGGUGCCACUAUGGUUUUCUUGACCUUGAGACAACAAACUGAUUUGAUUCAAGCUUUGUUGAAAACCAACAAGGAUACCGAUUCCCAUGCUGUUUCUAAACAAAUGGUCAAAUGGACUGGAUCUAUCAACUUAGAAUCUAUCGUUUUGGUUGAAGGUAAAGUUGCCAAGGUUGAAGAAAAGAUUAAAUCUGCCACUGUCCAAGAUGUCGAAAUCCACAUUUCUAAAAUCUACACCAUUCAAGAAACUCCUGAACAAUUACCAUUGUUGAUUGAAGAUGCUUCCAGAACUGAACAAGAAGCUGAAGAAUUAGGUUUACCAGGUGUUAACUUGGAUACCAGAUUAGAUGCCAGAGUUAUUGACUUGAGAACUCCAACUAACCAAGCCAUUUUCAAGAUUCAAUCCGGUGUUUGUCAAUUAUUUAGAGAAUUCUUAAUCAAGAAGAACUUUACUGAAAUCCACACUCCAAAGAUCAUUGCUGCUGCUUCCGAAGGUGGAUCUAACGUUUUCCAAAUUAACUACUUUAAAGGUUCUGCUUUCUUGGCCCAAUCUCCACAAUUGUACAAACAACAAUUAAUUGCUGCUGAUUUUGAAAAAGUUUUUGAAAUCGCCCCAGUUUUCAGAGCUGAAAACUCCAACACCCACCGUCACAUGACCGAAUUCACUGGUUUAGAUUUGGAAAUGGCAUUUGAACAACAUUACGACGAAGUAUUGGAAGUUUUGGAAGAAUUGUUUGUUUUCAUCUUUACUGAAUUGAAGACUAGAUUCAGCAAGGAAAUUGCUGCUGUCAGAAGACAAUUCCCAGUUGAAGAAUUCAAGAUUCCAAAGGAUGGUAAAAUGGUUAAAUUGCAUUUCAAAGAAGGUAUUGCCAUGUUGAGAGAAGCUGGUAAAGACGUUGAUGAUUUCGAAGAUUUGUCUACUGAAAAUGAAAAAUUGUUGGGUAAAUUGGUUCGUGAAAAAUACGAUACUGAUUUCUACAUUUUAGAUAAAUUCCCACUUGCUGUUAGACCAUUCUACACCAUGCCAGAUGCCGAAGAUCCAAGAUACUCCAACUCUUAUGAUUUCUUUAUGAGAGGUGAAGAAAUCUUGUCUGGUGCUCAACGUAUUCAUGACCCAGAAUUAUUAAAAGAAAGAAUCAGAGCCCAUGAAGUCAACCCAGAUGUUCCAGGUUUGAGUGAUUAUGUUGAUGCCUUCACUUACGGUUGUCCACCUCAUGCUGGUGGUGGUAUUGGUUUAGAAAGAGUUGUCAUGUUCUUCUUAGACUUGAAAAACAUCCGUCGUGCUUCCUUAUUCCCAAGAGAUCCAAAACGUUUAACUCCAUAG